AUGUCAUGUUUAUGUUUUAUUUUAUUUGCACUCAGGGAGGAUGGAGGGCACAACUGUGUGGGACCAGACAAGUCAUAUCGGUCCUGCAACAUCCAGGACUGUCCAGAGGGAUCCAGGGAUUUCCGUGAAGAGCAGUGCUCCCAGUUUGAUGGGACAGAUUUCCACGGGAAACGCUACAAAUGGCUUCCAUAUUACGGAGCUGAGAACCCCUGUGAGCUGAACUGCAUGCCAAGAGGGGAAAACUUUUUCUACCGCCACCGCAGAGCUGUGAUUGAUGGGACGCCCUGUCACCCAGGGCGGAGGGAUAUCUGUGUGGAUGGAGUGUGCAGGCGUAUGGGCUGCGACAACAUGCUGGAGUCUCCUCAGCAGGAGGACCCCUGUCUGCAGUGUGGGGGUAACAGUCAGUCCUGCUACCGUGUCAAGAACAGCUUCUCUGCCCGCGACCUGCCAACCGGCUACAACCAGAUGUUCAUCAUCCCCGUUGGAGCCACCAGCAUCAGCAUCAGAGAGACACAUGCCACACGUAACUACCUCGCUAUCAAGAAUCUACGUGGAGAGUAUUAUCUCAAUGGCCACUGGGUAAUUGAGUUUUCCAGAGCCACACCUAUUGGCGGCACCAUGCUGUACUACCAGAGAGGUGCUGAGGGCGACAGUGUCCCUGAAACCAUCAUCGGCCGUGGCCCCACCACCGAACCACUUGUUGUUGAGCUGAUCAGCCAGGAGCCCAAUCAGGGAGUGGAAUAUGAAUACUACCUUCCAAAUGGACGCUCCAGAGAGGGCUACUACUGGAGCUAUGGAUCCUGGUCUGCUUGCAGCAAAGAGUGUGGAUCAGGCUACCAGUCUCGUUUGGUCUUCUGUUCAAUCGACAAUGAGGCCUACCCUGACUACCUCUGUGCUUCUCUGCCGAGGCCACAGAGCAACCGUACAUGCAAUCCUCAUCCAUGCCCACAAAUCCGCAAGAUGGCGUACCUGUAUCCACCACAGUUGUUGAGAUCCUCAAAGAGGCCUAGAGCCUCUGUGUUCAGCUGGCAAACUGGGGAGUGGAACGCCUGCUCAGUUACCUGUGGUGGAGGCUCUCAGGUGCGCAGUGUGCAGUGUGUUUCCAAUGAUGUCUCGGGACCCCGCGUGGUGGAGGAUGCCGUUUGUGCCGCUUACGGUGAUGCUCCUCCUUCUCUGCAGACCUGCAACAUGCAGAAAUGUGCUGAGUACCAUGUGACUGGAUGGAGCGCGUGCUCAGUGACCUGUGGUUCAGGUCAGCAGACCAGAGAAGUGACCUGUAUGGGUUCAGAUGGUACGAAGCUGGAUGAAACAUCCUGCAGUGCUUUGCUACGCCCGGCCGCUGUCCAACGAUGUGAGAUGGCCCCCUGCCCCCGACAGAUCAGCUGGCACGUAGGAGAUUGGGGACUGUGCUCUAAGAGUUGUGGAUCUGGCUCACGAGAGCGCCAGGUGAUCUGCUCUGAUCAGGAGAGGAACCUGUACCCUGUGGACCAGUGUAACACCCAGCCCAAACCAUUCACAGUGGAGCGCUGCAACACCCAGCCCUGUUACAGCCCACAGGUCGUCCCCAGCAUUCAGGACCCACGGGGACAUGACAGCACUCAGAUUGGCUUCCAGCCUUAUGUGCCAGAUCACGCAACAGCCCGCAGGCCUGAGACAAGAGAUCCAACCCAGACGAAUGCAGUGUACGACCCUCACAGCUCCGCCCCGGCUCUCCACUGCAGCCAGUCUUAUUAUGGCUGCUGCUCAGAUGGGCAUACUUCAGCCAGAGGCCCCCAGGGUCUGGGUUGCCCAUCAGUUCCAGCUCCCUCUCCUGUCCCAACAUCCUGCAUUCAGACCAGUUAUGGCUGCUGUGAAGAUGGUGUGACGGCUUCUCAGGGCCCCAAUAAGGAAGGCUGUGCGGAGUAUGUGAACCCUGCACCAACUGUUACACCUUCUCUCCCUACUGAGAAUGCAGUAGAAUGCCGCACCACCACCUAUGGCUGCUGCUAUGACCGCACCACACCUGCAGGAGGACCCAAUGGGGAGGGCUGCCCCAAUCCUCCAAAUUAUAUUGAGCGAUCAAUCUGCUCCCUGCCCCGUGCUGCUGGCUCCUGCAGCAGUUGGGUGUCCCGGUACCACUUUGAUGUGAUCUCCUCCAAAUGUGUGCACUUCUGGUAUGGAGGAUGCCACGGCAACAGCAAUAACUUCAUGACCCUAGCAGAGUGCAAACGGGCAUGUCCACGACCUGCACCCAGCCGGCAGGCCCCGCAGCCUGCAGCUCCCUCUGGAGAGUCUACAAGAACCGCAGCUGGAGAACACAGCACGACUGGAGCAGAGACCUCAGCUGGAAGAGGAUCUACAACGGAUGGGCGGUCACGCAACAUGGGGAGGAUUUUCAUAGUCCAGCGUGGCUCGACCAGCAGCACCAGCAGACAGGCUACAAGUGCAGCCACUAAUGCCCACAGAGGUAGAGUCUACCUGCGGGUACGCCGGCCUUCACAUGGCACAGCUGCACAGCACACCGGCCCAGCUGCGAGCUUGACUCUGGGGGGAGUAACGAUUGAUAAGACCGACCCAUCCACAGUCGAGGCUUUAGUUGGCCAAACAGUUGUGCUGCCCUGCCGAGUCAGCCCUCCACCUUCCUCCACCGUUGUCGUGGAGUGGAGGAGGGAUGGUAUACCUCUAUCAACUCACAGGCAUCACCAACAGCCCAAUGGUUCUCUGUUAGUAGGUCCUGUCUCUAAGCUGGACUCUGGCUGGUUCCUGUGUGUGGCCACUCGAGAACGAGAGAGAGACCACCGCUACAUUUACCUGGCUGUCUCAGAGGGACCAUCUCCUACCUCGCUUCCCCGAGACGGUCCAUUUGCAAGGUUCAGUAUUGAGCGCUCAAGCUCAGCCCAGGUGGAAAUGCGAGCAGGACAAACUGCCAGACUGCCCUGCACUGUUGUCCCCUCCUCAGCUCGGCAGUCUGUCAGCAUUGGGUGGACUAAAGAUGGACAGAUAAUAAGUGACCCCAGGUUUACUCAGCAUUCAGAUGGCACCCUCAUCAUCGGCCCUCUGAAGUCUGAUGACUCUGGUGUCUACACAUGUACAGCCUCCAACCAGCAGCAGCUGGAGCAGCGACAGCUGCAGCUCAGAGUCCAGCCUGAUCUGAAAAUCACAACAGCUCCCAAUAACAUCCAAGUGUCAGAAGGCAGCACGGGCAUGCUUCCCUGUGUGGUGUCAGGAGACAACGUCAAUAUAGGCUGGUCAAGAAAUGGUGUACCGGUGCGUCCAGAUGGGCGCAAUAUCCUCUUGUCUUCUGACGGCAGCCUGAUCCUUAAUAAUGUCAAGCCUUCUGAUCAGGGAACGUACACCUGCAACGCGUACACCGGCAUUUACUCUGUGAGCGCCACAGCUGAAGUAAAGGUCAUUAAAGAAACACAGCAAGGCGCUGACAUCCCGCCAGAAUGUGUGGACCAGUCUGAUCUUGCCAACUGUGAGCUGAUAGUUUACGCCCGACUUUGCUCCAACUCAUACUACUCCAGUUUCUGCUGCGCCAGCUGCACCAGGCAUUCACAGAAGAAACGACAGGUUUGGUCGACCAGGUUAAAGCCACAGAGGGUGUAAAAACUAUGUGAUGUGUGGUGGUGGACACUGGGGUGGGAUCUGAAUUCCCAUUUAGAUUCUAAAAAACUCGAGCUGUCGACUGCAAGCUGCUGCAUUUGCCAAAAGGACUCAAAAAACCCUGAGCAGAUUGUACAGAAAUGUAAUUCAAUAUUGCAAUCUUAAAAAAGGGACGGAUCACUGUAGAUGCACAGUAGUUAAAGCUACAAAGUAAGUGGUGUUCAGGGAAUCUUAUGGAGCGAUAAAAGAUGGGCCUUAAAAUAUAACGUAAACCUGUGUAAAGUCUGAAUGUGAUGAGACGAUGAACUCGUUCUUACUCUGCCACACCUUUAAAAUGAGUUAUGCUCUCACUUGAUCUAUAUAUUCUCUGUUUUUUGAGAAUCAUGAUGAUAAUAACUCUUAUACAUGUUAUUAAAAAAGGGGAAAUUACUUUUUUCAUGCCAGUAAAUCACUGAUACAAGGCUGCACUCAUUGCUGCUUCUGUAUCAUAUAAUGAAACUCUA